AUGGCUACUAUCCGUAAAAAAUUGGUCAUCGUUGGCGAUGGCGCUUGCGGUAAAACUUGCCUUUUAAUCGUGUUCAGUAAGGAUCAAUUCCCGGAUGUUUACGUACCAACAGUGUUUGAAAAUUAUGUUGCGGAUAUUGAAGUGGACGGAAAGCAAGUGGAACUGGCUUUAUGGGAUACAGCCGGCCAAGAAGAUUAUGAUCGAUUAAGGCCACUCAGUUAUCCGGAUACUGAUGUAAUCCUGAUGUGCUUUAGUAUUGACUCACCGGAUUCGUUAGAAAACAUCCCAGAAAAGUGGACACCUGAGGUACGCCAUUUCUGCCCAAAUGUUCCAAUAAUUUUGGUUGGAAAUAAGAAAGAUCUUCGUAAUGACCCACAGAUGGUACGUGAAUUGGCAAAGAUGAAACAGGAGCUAGUACGACCGGAACAGGGUCGUGCAAUAGCUGAACAAAUCGGUGCUUUCGCAUAUUUGGAAUGUUCCGCAAAAACAAAAGAUGGAAUUCGAGAAGUAUUUGAAAAAGCAACGCAGGCUGCACUGCAGCAAAAGAAAAAGAAAAAGAAGUGUGUCAUUCUUUGA